UCAGUGGCAAGUGCUGAUUAGGUUAACUCGCAUCAUAAACACCAAGCCUCGGUGUCACGUUGCAUUAACGUAAAUAUAACCUUUGACCUUUUGCGGAAAUGGGUGUAUCCCGUAUUUUGAUUGGCUCCUAUUCCGCCUCAUUCCCACGUGUGUUCUCGGACGGGGAUAACAAAGCACACAUUGAACACCGGUGUUUCAAAGACAGUCACGGAACAUAGUCAAAUACAUAGUGGGCAGAGGACGAAAUCCCAUGUCUGGAUUUAAGCUGGGUAUAGUGCGCCUCGGCAGAGCGGCAGGAAAGACAAAGUAUGCCCUUCUUGACGAGCGAGACAUAUCCUUGGUUGAGCAGUUUGUAUUUGAGGCCAGAGUGGAAGUGGAUCGCGAUGGCAACGGAGCAAAGAUCUAUGCAUAUGCUUACGAUAUUGUUAAGGGUCGGAGUUCGGGACAGUAUCUGCAUGAAUUAUUAUGGUAAGCAAGCAGGAAGUUUUCACAUGGCUACAAAGUUGUAGCACAUGGCUACAAAGUUGUACAUAAAAAUGGCGUGACUGUUGACAAUCGCAUGGAAAACCUCAUUCUUGUGUCCUCCAAAUGCUCAACCCCUUACUUAGAGGAACCUUCCAACAAGAACCGAGAACAGAGCUUGUACUGGAUAGCAGUCCAACAGCUACAGGGAGACCCCUUAGAACACUUCCCAGAGCCAGUCUACAACAGAUAUUACAACUCCAAUGGGGAAAUUGUAGAAAGUGAAGAAGACAGCUGUGUGUACUACGAGUGCCACUACCUGCCCUGCACAAACAUGGAGAAAGAGAUCAGGGAAUUCAGUAUAUGCGGCAGAUGCCAGGAAGUCAGGUAUUGCGGAACCUACUGCCAGCAAAGGGACUGGCCAGUUCAUAAACGAUACUGUCGAGAACGACGACAUUUAUUCAUAUCGGAGCGACCUCCAGAUCGAUAGCUUUACCCCUCAUGUCACAAUUCCAUCAUCUUCGCUAUAUUCCAUUGUCAUUGUGUUUCUACGUCCCAUUGUACAUAAACAACAACUCACCUUUUUGGUGUUUUUAUAAUGUAGGAGAGUGAUAGUGAUUUGAGAGAAAGAAAUUUUUACAAAGCUGUAAGAGUUAUCUCCCCUGAACUUUGCAAGUUGUCCCUUACAACAUACACCAAGAUGCUGUGGUGGUGUUGUGAACCUUAAGUGCAGUGUUUAGAUUGUCAUGAUAUUCUGAAUAUUAUUUGUCAAUCUGAGAGUUGACUGAGUGUUAAGAUUGAUGGAAUAUUUGUUUGAUUGUUACGUGAAGAAGUGCAUAAUAUCUGUCACAGAUGUCUAUCACUUGAAAGAUUUUUAGCACUACACAUUCCAAGCUGGGUUGUCAUGACUACGAUUCCUUGUUAUAGUUUUCACUUUGCUGUGAAUGCUAGUAUUUAGUUGUGAAAGUAAUGCUGUCGUUUCAGGCCUUUGUUUAUGAAUCUCACCGACUCUUUUUAAACAAAACCAAACCAGGAUUCUAUUGUUUUGAUGGUUGUUGUUUAUACAUGUUAAAAAUCCCAACAAAAUCCUUGAAAUAACCACAGCAUUAUUUUUGUUUUCUUUUUCCUAUAUUAUUUGUGAUGCAUGGAACUGAAAAGAAAUCAGCAUGGAUGCUGGUUAAGUUUAAUCCCUAUUUGAGUAGUUUUGUGCCUUUUUGUUGAAAAAAAGAGUUGAUAUUUUCGGCUUUGCUAGUUUUGCACCCAUGACAUUCCUUUCAGUAUAACCAAAGAUGUGUUUAUGAAGAUAUGCAAGUUGUUUGAAGGGAGAUAACUCUCAAGGCUUCAGUGUGCAUAACAUUUAAUCUUGACAUGUCCGUUCCUUAUACACUGAACAGACUGAUUGAACCAUAAAUAUGUAUUCAUCAUGUAUUAGAUUUUUCUUGGAACAAUGGGAAAAACUGACUUGAAAAGGAAGGAGGUUCCCCAUAUCUGUUGUGAUUUCAUCACAUUUGUUCAGGGCAGGUAUUUUAUUAAAAGAUAUAUGCAUGAAAACAUGUUUCAGAGUCACAAUCUCCCUUGCAAUUUUACGAAUGUUUUACCCCUAUCUCUAGCCUGUUUGUUGUGUCGCUCCCAAUACAGUAAUACAGCCCAAUGAUCUCUCACUAUCUAGUCCAGAGAGAUAUUUUGAGAGUUAUUUAGCUGAUUCUUCUGAUGUCACAAGUGUUUUUCAACAUUUUAUGUCUUUCAAAUUCUUUUUCAACAAAGUUUUCAGUCUUCUGUGUCAUUGGGUCUUCUGCCAAGAGUUAUGUCCCUUGCAACAAGAGUUAUGUCCCUUUGUUCCAUUAAAAAUACCUUUGAUUGUGCAAUAUAUUGCUUGAUGCCAUAGAACUCGCAUAGUUGUGAAAAUAAUCACUUCAAUCUAGUCUUUGUUUGUCCACAUCUGAUCAUUGUUUUGCCCCAUUGUCUUAGAAUGGGAUGUUCUGCUUCAAAGGAUGGAUGAUACCAUUUUCUUAUGAAGGGUAGAAGGCCUUUGCUUUAAAUUGUUUUGACUGUACCUAGUCUAAUAUCUAUUGCACCCAAUGGUAUGAUCAACAAGAUCUCAUGAACUUCAAGUAUCUGUUUUAAAUAUUUAAAAACGUGAAAGUCGCCUGUAGAUAAGGACAGUGGUAUAUGACUAGCCAUCGCUGCUGUUAUUUUUUUUAUCAGAAUCAUAUAAAAACUGUUGGCAGUGAGUUUAUAAUAAAGCUCAAGCAUUAAAUUUUAGUAUAAACAUGACACUUUGUGACAAAAAUUCUGCCAAACAAGAGACACAGGUAGGCAAUUGUUUUAACUCUGAAUUGAAAUCUGAAAAACAUAGAAAUACAGUUUGAAACCGUUGGGGCUUAUGCCAUCUGAAAGACAAUCUGACUUUGAUAUUUAUUUAUUUAUUUAAUUUUUUGUGUCAUUUUGAAAAACAGCCCACAGGAAUCUUUUGACUUUAAUGUCUGAUAAAUAAGUUAUCAGUUUGUCGUGGCUUAAUGCAUGUAAACGAAUCUCGGUUAUAUUAUGAUCCGUGUAGUGUUUCAAAGAUUACCACUAGCGAAAUAUUUUGUAACUCAUCACUGUCAACGUUUUGUUAUUUUUCCAGUAUUGAGUGCUAAUUAUGUUUUAAUUUAUCUAGAUUAUUUAUGUUGCAACUAUUGAUCACAGCAAUAUAGUAUAUGUCUAAAAUGUCUCCACAUCGGAACUUGUCCCCAGAAAGUAUGUAUGUAAGUAAGUUAAUUGCUACUUCCUAAGAGCCUAUCAUCUCCACAUGUUUCUAUGAAACAUGCAUUCGUAACUACUCGUCUCUUUCCGUGACCUACAAGAAGACUCACACCUGUAUAGUACGCCAUUAUUGCCAAGAAUUGUGGCAAACCCGAAAA